AUGCCGUUGAUUGCGGAGCGUCCGCGCUCAUCGCAAGAGGCGCUCCUCCGCCUUGAGAAGGGCACCGCCAGUCCAACGACUCAGAUUCAUGAAGCGGCACAGAUCAUCGGUGUGGAUUUGACACUAUGUGAAAGUCACCCGGAAGUUCAUCGAGAUGUUCGAAUUCAAACAAACGCUACCCCGAAGGAGGAAUGGGUUCUGCGAUGGCUAUUAAAGAGGUUGAGAAGUGGGAAAAACUAUAGAGUGGACGCGGCUUCGUUCCUUCUAUUACGACAGCUCAUCAACCUGAUUUCGCCGAAGAACAUCGCUGCUAUUCUUAAAGAUCAGAAAUUCUUAUCGAUUCUAUGUGAUACACUCGAAGAUUUGGAGGCCGAUAUAUUUUCUGGUCUGGGAGCAACCCUUAGCUCUGACUCCGAGUCUAGUCACACACUGUCUGCAUCCCCGACACGCGAUGAUCGCCGAGGAAGCCAAGGGAAAAAACGCAAGAGAAUGACAACUGAGAAUGAUGCAGACGCCAUGGACGUGGACGUGGACGAGCAGCGUCAGAACCCCGCAGCGUGCUUCCUCGCCUUCAUCCGCGCCUUGGAUUGUCUGCACGGAUUUGUGGCACUUGCACAGCGCACACUAGGCACUGAUGGGGUGGCAAACUCUCAUUUGAAGCUUGCGCUGAGAGGCGAGCCCGAGGCCGUCGCCAUGCUACUGGGUCGAGCAUUCCGGGUAGCCGCCGUGGCCGCCAAGCAGUUCUCGCAUGAGGGGAAAACAACCGAUCUUCAGCACUUGCUAUACGUUUUUCCCUCGGCGGUGGAGCUGUGGGAGUCAAGGUCUUACCGUGAAGAUGAUAUGGACAACAAGUCCAGUAAUGAAUUUUUCGCGAGACAUUGCUUCGCCCACGCGCUCAGGCUCCAGAUUUGUCUGCGGUCCGCCAAACUUGACACCGACGAACGAGCCAAUCUGCUGCAUGCGGUUGAACGCAUUAUUGCCCUGCAUGUCUUACUUCCCGCUCGUGCAGCAUUCUUUGAGCGUGGAGGCUCUGGAAUCGAUUAUUCUCAGGAUGAGCCCGACUGGAGCUCGGUCAAACCAGUGACUGAUACUUUCAGGCCGAUCAUUCGCGAGUUUGCCGUGGCCAAGGAAAACAAAGCAACCAAUGAAGCUUGUAUGCAUCCCUGGCGAUCAGUGGAACUUCUUCCUGAGCUUUUCGACAACGCCGUGCGUGCUGUUCCUAGAGAUGUGUUCCGGAGGCAGACACAUGAAGCGCCGUGGUUGGAGACUUUAUUCGUCGCUGUUGCAGAGCUAGCGUUUUCUACAGCAAAGGAGGAAGACUUCGCUACCUUCUCUUCCAAGUUCAUCUCGGUAUUGGAGCACCUCCUCCAGGUCGCUCUCGACCGGAAGGUCGGUCUUUCUCUUCACACCAUUCUGGCGCAUGCCAAUUACACAGGUCUUUUCGAACAAGGUCUUGAGAAGGUCCAGUGGAAUGUGACGGCUCUGUUUAUCAGUCUUGGGGUCGAUAUUUUCCUGCCAAACUCCGGUUUGCGUGAUUCGCGUAAGCUUCUUGACGCAUUGCUCGACAAGGUCCUGUUACAAUGGCGUGAGAGUGGUUCCCGGAAACGGAGGGACUACGACAUAAUCAAGAGCAAGGUUGUGCUGCCGUUGUUACGAGGUUUCGCUGCCGCAAGAGACCUGCCCAGCUUCAUGGAAUUGUGGCACAAUCAACUCCUUAUUGUGGAGGAGGCUCGCCAAGAUAACAGCAAUCUGAGUUUAUUCUCGGUUUGGGAAGAUGAUGAGUUGGCGGAUGCUUACUCGGAGCUGAUGCGAACUUCGCUCACUGAGACGCAUGUUGCUGCCCAGAUGCGCACCGCUGCUAGCGAGACGCGAGCUGAAAAUGGCAAAGUCGCUGACACCCCUCAGUCUUAUGCCAAGUUUGUUCUUGUUGAGGCAAGUUUCCGUGGCCGAGUCUCGACGUUCCCGGAAUCGGAAAAGACAUUAGCAUCUCUCCUAGACACCAUAAGCUCUACUCUGUCAUCGAAGCAGGCUCUGCACUGGCGAUGGCGUCUGUGGCGGCUGGUUCGGAAUUUCCUAGAGAACACCCUGCAGUCAGCCGAUAAUACCAUGGCAGGUACAAUUAUGCCGUUGGUAGAAGUCGCCGCCAAGACUGUUCACCGCAACCACAAGGACCUAACCAAAGCUCAACUCGCUCCUCUGGAAUCGUGGGAGGCUUACCGGUUCCUGAUUGCUGCAACCAAGGCACACGCCAGUGAUGAGCUAGGCUCAUUCGUUAAAGCUACCAAGGAUGUCAUAGACUUCAUCACCUCCAUCUCAACCAAGGAUGCCAAGAAGUCGAUGAAGGCACCCUGGAAUGGCCGCACAGAUACUGUGAAUUCCCAAACAACCCUUGGUCUAGCUUAUUUCCUGGCCCUUGUCAGAGUUCCAGAAGUCUGGGCUCUUAUCUCUUCUGAGGAUCGAUCCCGUCUAUUCCGUCAUAUCCUGUCCCUGGCAGCUGCUCAAUACCAUUCGUCGUCGUUGCCCUUGGAGGCUGUUUCGGAAGAAGCAAGGUUCCUUCAGGCAUGGGCGAGUGUGGUCUGCCAUGAAUACAUGCUCAACGCUCCCUUCAUUGUCUCUGAUCUUUCCCUUCUUCUCAACGAGAGCAUCGAGCAAGAUCCCCUCAAUCGCAAACUGCUUGUCGAGAGCUUGCAGAGGGUUCCAGCCCCGUUGAUCACCCGGGGACUGAGAACCACCAUCUUGAACAAGUUGCAAAAUGUUCUACUUGAACAGAACAGUUCUCCGGAAGUCACAAUUGGAAUAAUUACGAUGAUGGCGAAAUUGGCUGCCAUGCCUAAGUGUGAUGCCACACUGACCAGUGACUGGGAGCCCAUCUGGACUGCUGCUCGAGCCGUACCAUUAGAGGGUACCGACCUCGACCUCCAGAUUAUGAAAGCAUUCCGAAGCCUGCACCACGCGAUAUCGGCAAAGCUUCUGGUUUCAUCUGAGAAUGACCGGAACAAGAUGUUCAAGAAGCUCUUCGCCCGGGCAUCGAAGCAAACAGCUAAAAUGGAGCAGGUGGAUCGUGAUUCCAUGGCCUGUUACCUUCUGAGGUUGACCUUGUCAGAGCUCUGGGUUCAUCGCGAGCAGCUGCAGACAGCCUUCUCGGAGAAGGAACUUGCCGCUUGUCGCCAAAAAGUGUUUGACUUUGUGUUGGCUGACAUGAAACAUGUCAAAGACCAGUGCAGGAAGCAGAAGUUGGAGGAAACAAUUACUAUCAUCAAGACCAUCGAUGCUCUAGAGGAUUUCGAAGAUCUAGCCACCAACAACGUCGAAGUGGAGAAGUUCCUUUCCAAGAUCGACAAUUACAUGGAAUUGACCGUUGACUCGGAACCCUCUCGGUUGAUCCGACGACGUCUUCUUGCCUGCAAGGGACCCGAAGAGAACAUCGCUCAGCCAGUCUUACAAUGCGCCGAGACGCUUGCUCUUCAGUCUCUCUAUGCCGAGGACCAGCAACUCUUUAUCCGGACCACCACUGAACGCUUCCGCUCAAUGACCGUAGAAAAAAUCACCCAGACGAUCUGCGAAGUUCGCGGACUUGGCUUGAUUGGCGAAAACGCCAGCUACAGACUACUCGUGCUCUACCUCGCCGUUUCCUCGCUCUCUCCCGUCGAAGACAAAGAGAGCGCCACAUCACGCGAGAUCUCCCUCCUCUGCACAUCCCUCGCCGAAACCAUCAUCCAAAGCACAAGCAUCGACCAAUUCUGCUUCGCAUCGGAAUGCCUGGACCUCCUCCUCCGCAGCCACACCCGCAGCCUCACCCAAUGCAACAUCGACAGCAUUCUCGGCGCAAUCGCCAGCGCCUCCUCCAAAAUCGGCCCCAAGAUCUCCCCAGCCUACGCACCAACCAUCUACACCCGCCUGUGCCGACUAAUGGGCGUCAUACUCAGCCUGCAACGCCUCAAGAUCGGCGGCCGCUUCCACCUAGUAGUAAACGCCAUGCAGCGCCUACUAGGCUGUCUCUUCGCGCGGUCCCGCAAACGCGGCCGCUCCCGCUUCCAGCCCACCCUCUCGCAGCCCUUCUGGCUCGCCCCGCUCGACGCCUCGCACGCUACCUAUUACACCCGUCUGUUGACCUCGCUGUGCGACCCUACCGUCUCGGCCGUCCUCCGUCCCCAGCCUGGCGCAUCCCGCGAGGCCCUGACUGAUCAGACGAAGAAGGCGAAGCGUAUUGCCGGCCAGUACUUGCAGUAUGUUGUUAUGGAGUAUGCGCAGUGCUCGCUGCGUGGGUCGCUGUCUCCAGAUGUCAAGGCUGCUAUCUUGCCUGGUCUUUAUGCGGCUCUGGAUGUCAUGUCGCGUGAGUCUAUGCGUGCGCUUAAUGCUGCGUUGGAUGUCUCUGGCCGUGCAGUGUUCAAGUCGCUCUAUGAUGACUAUGUGAAGUUCGGAAAGUGGAAUAAGGGUUGA